UCUGUCUAACACUCUAUCCGAGAAAAAUUGCCAAGAUCUUUCUCCGAGAUCAAUCAAUGAAGAUUGGUUUAUAUUCGGCAACUUUAGUUUUGCUUCUUCUUUCCAUGAUGUUUCUGCUGUUCAUUACCGUCGAUAGAUACGUGUUCAUUGCAAAGCCUUUGAAAUACCCAUUGAUCGUAACAUUCAGAAAAAUUAAAGUAGCUGUCCUUUGUAUUUGGCUGGUUGCAGCGUCUUUGCUUUCAGUUUUUGUUUCUGUCUACAUAGUGGGCGGAAAAUCGGUAUAUAAUAAAUUGCAAUUGAAGCCGUUUCACAUAUUUCUAUUGCCAACUCCCAUUGCUAUCAUUGCAUUUCUGAACUACAAGAUGUUAAAGAUCGUUCGAGAGCAGCGACAACGAAUGGCUUCAGAAACUGGGCUACAGUCUGAGCAAGUAAAGUUGGAAGACAUUCAGCCGGCUGGACCAACACAGAGUAGUGAUGAACAACAAAGACCAGCACAAGAACGCGAAGAAAAAUCAAACUCCGAACAUACGGAGCGAUCGAGCGAGCAAUACAUAGGCUGGUUACAUCACAUCGUAAAAGAAUUGAAAGCAGUAAAAACAUUCGCCAUUAUCUUCGCUAUACUGACGUGUUGUUUUGUUCCAUAUAUCAUCAUUAUGUUGCUUAAAUCAUUUUGCUGCACGUGUUUCCCGCGCAACAAUCACGCAAAGGAUAUUGUUCUAGAACUGAUUGGUAUAAACUCAAUUGCUAAUGCCUUCGUAUAUGCAUUAAGACAUAGAAGAUACAGGAAGGCUUUUCUGAAGCUUUUUUCUACCUUUCAGGCGCGCCUGAAUUAACUUAAAG